AAUAUUUCCCAAGAAAACCGACGAGACGACCUCUCUCUCGCUCGCUCUCUCUCUCUCGUCUUUCUUCAAGACAACUAGAGGAAAAGGUGAAGCCUCUAGCUUGUAGUAGCUUGUUCAGAAAAGAUAUUUUAGUUGUUUGUUUUCUCUACGUACUUUACGUCUCGGGUUUUAGGCUGUGGUAUUUUUAUUGAUUUUGUGUUUGGUUAAUGUCAAGGGAGAUGAUGAUGGAGGGAAGAAAGAGAGUGGAGAAGAACACGGCACAAAAGGUGAAGGACAAAGCGCAGAAGGUGGAUCUGAGUGGGAUGAGCUUGAAUUCCCUGUCAAACCCGCCUGCUAUGGAAUUGUUGUGUAUUACCAAGCUCGACCUCUCCAACAACAACCUUGAGAGCAUUCCAGAAUCACUUACGGCGAGGCUUUUAAACUUGGAGGUAUUGGACGUGCAUUCGAACCAGCUGAAGGCGCUGCCCAACUCUAUUGGUUGCCUUACCAAGCUCAAAGUCUUCAAUGUCUCCAGCAACCUUCUUGUGUCCCUUCCGAAGGCCAUUGAGAAUUGCUGUGCUCUGGAGGAGAUGAAUGCCAACUUCAACCAGCUGACCAGGCUGCCGGACACCAUGGGCUACGAGCUGACCAACCUCCGGACUCUUUCAGUUCACUCCAACAAGCUGGCCUUCCUCCCAUCCUCCACCUCCCACCUGACCUCCCUGCGCUCCCUCGACGCCCACCUCAACUGCCUCAGCUCCCUCCCUGACGGCCUCGAGAACCUUAUCCGCCUCCAGUCCCUCAACCUCAGCCACAAUUUCCACCAUCUGUGCGCCCUCCCCUUCUCCCUCGGUCUUCUCAUCUCCCUCACCGACCUCGACAUCAGCUACAACAACCUCACCGCGCUCCCCAGCUCCCUUGGCUGCCUCACCAAGCUCCGCGCCCUCCAUGUUGAGGGCAACCCCCUCGUGAGCCCUCCCAUGGCCGUCGUCCAUCGAGGAGUGAACGCCAUGCGCGAGUACUUGAGUGCAAGAAUGAAUGAGAGAGCGAAAAUAGACGGCCUUCCCUCGACCAAGACGUCCUUCAUCGGAAAGCUGGUGAAAUGCACAACGUUCGGCGGCCGGAGGAUAUCAACCGGCGGGUUAGACUGGGAGAGUGGCGAGUCCUUGCUGUCGGACUACCGCGUGGUGAAGGGAUUCGCGACACCAAAGCAUGUGGGCACGUUCUCGCCUCGCCGGCUCUUCUCGUCACGAAGAUCUCAGUCUCUGAAGCUGUAGACAUAUGAAUGACGUGUUUGGUAUUUUGACGAAAUGGUGUUGGCUUUAGUUGCUUCUUCUUGUAGGGGGAACGGUCGUGCAUUUCAGUAAAAUUACAGGACCGCUACGACUCAUAGUUCCUGCGUAAAGGAGACUACCAAGCACGGAUGUAUAAUUACUUGCUUGAAACUUGGACGAGAAAAAUAUGUUGUUACUUUAAA